CGGGAGAGCUGACUGGCGGGAGCUGGAGGCCGUAUCCCCCAUCACGAGCGCGAUGGCUGACGGGAGGUGUAGUGCUAUGUAGUCGUCAUUGUCUCCUCCCAUCCGUGAGCGCCUGGCGGUCCACUGUCCGCCACGCUUAGUCCGGCGGCGGGGCUAUGGCAGCAGGCGGGUCUGUGUGGUCGGCGCGGCAGUGCUUCAACUCCUUGCAGUUUCGCUACAACAGAGGAUUGCUGUUUGCCUUCAGCACUGCUGCACAGCAGAGGAGCACAGGGGAUGACUGUGGUCCAGAAGAGCCUCCUGAUGAACCCAGACAUCUGCUGAAUGAGAACAGUUUAGAGCACAAAGCCAUCAAAUUGGAAGAACAAGUCCGUGUCUUAACAGAACGAUACCAGAGAGCCCUGACAGAUUCUGAAAAUGUUAGGCGGAGGACGCAAAAGUUUGUAGAGGAUGCUAAGAUUUUUGGCAUCCAAAGUUUCUGUAGAGAUCUGGUAGAGGUGGCAGAUAUCUUGGAGAAGACCACUGAGAAUGCUGUAGAAGGAGAACACAAUGACCCAACUCUGACUCUGAAGAAGAUCUGUGAAGGCUUAUCCUUCAUAGAGUCCAAACUGCAAAGCAUAUUUGCAAAGCAUGGCUUACAAAAAAUGAACCCCAUUGGUGGCAAAUAUGACCCCUAUGAUCAUGAAAUAGUGUGUCAUGUGCCAGCAGAGGAAAUGCAGCCAGGCACUGUGGCAUUAGUGACUCUGGACGGCUAUAAACUCCAUGGCCGCACUAUUAGACAUGCACAUGUAGGUGUGGCAGUAGAAUCACACGAAUGAGGUGAACUGAUUUCUCUGUCCACAUGACUGUUGCUGCUACAGCAUGCCUUUUUAUUUAUUAAGCAAAGUUUGUUACCUGCUUGCCUCUCAGGAUGGGUGCAAUAGCCUGAUCUUCACUUCCAAGGUGUACAGUUAUUUAACAAUACUUCUUCUCUGUUAUAAAUGUUUUUUCCAACUGUUACUCAGACAGAAGUAGCUCUCAGACUUUUUCUGUUGUCAUUUUCAGUCUCCAUUAAAUUGUACACUGGGUUGGAGGGAAAGAAGAAAUCCUAAUAAUUCUAAGGAGGGAAGGGGAAUGCUCUGAUUCCAAGAAGGGAAGGGCCAUAGCUUAGUGAUAGACCACAUGUGCAGCAUACAGAAUGUACCAUUUUGAGUCCCUGGCGUCUCCAGGCAGGACUCAGGUGUCUCAGACCAGUUGGUGUAGAUGAGGAAUAGCUAACAUGGUGCCCUCCAGGUAUGGACUACUACAGCUCCUAUCAGCCCCAGCCAGCAUAAAGAAUGAUCGGGGAUGAUAGGAGCAGUAGUCCAAAACACCUGGAGGGCACUUCGUUGGCUACCCAUGGAGUAGACAGCACUGAGCUAGAGAGACUAACCAUCUGACUUGGUAUACACAGCUUUCUAAGAAGUGAUGCAAAUUAGAACUUCUUGUGUUGUUACAAAUGCUCUUUGCUUUUCUUGAAUUUUUGGAUAAGCUGCUUUAAUCUCUAUUUUUCAACAUAUAAAGUCGGAAUGUGAUUCUUGUCUACCUCCCAGGAAUGAUACAAUCACUUAACAGCUAUAAAGCACUUUGAAGAUGAAUGCUGAGUGGUACGAUGGGUUUUGGUACCCAGCAGAACUCUGUCUGAAGCUGUUAAUUUGUAAAUUGCUUUUGUAAUUGGAGGUCUUCCUCAUGCCACCUGGCUAUUCCACACCUGUGAACUUUCCACCUUGGUAUAUGGAUGAGUUCUGUGGAAAAGUCCAUUGCCUGCAUAGCAGAGCACAUACUUUGUAUGCAAAAGGUUCAGUUCCUGGCAUCUCCACAUGAAGAAUCUCUCUGGUAACAGAGCUACGAAAGACCUCAGCUAGAAACCUUGUUGCUGACAUUUAGAGUAGGCUGUACUGGACUAGAUGGGCCAGUUGCCUAAAAGUAUAAGAAAGCUUCCUAGACUAUUUAUGAAGAUUUAGGUUUGUUGGCCAAAACUUGUCCCUCAAAUUAUAUACCACAGUUUUCAACCACAAUUUGCUAUGUUGUCAGUGCUGGAAGAGACUGAAUAGUCUUGUAAUCCAAAAGUUAACCGUAGUCCUUUCAGUUUGAACCCUCAAGUAAUUGCUAUGUAAAUGGCACUGUGAAAAAUGUUGAUUCGGAAUCUACUAGAUUAGACACCAAAUCUAUGCUUUGUUUUUUAUUUAGUGAUUUUUAAAAAAGAGAUAAAGUAUCAAAAUAAAUAUCUGAAGUGUCCUUCAGCUAAUUUUAGUAAAAAGAAAAGGGAAAUAAUCAGAUAAUGGGGGUCAGCAGAAGCCAAGAGGCCACUUCAUGGAUCCUCCUAACUUGAGAGUACACUGGUAUCAUUCAGCAGACAAGUGGAUGCUUGGUUCUGAUAAGUUUUUGUGUAACAGGUACACUAAAGGUGGGUGUGUAAAAAAUCAUAACUAUUUGAGAGAUGAUGGAGGUGACCCAACCUGUUGACUUUCUUACAAAUCCUAGGUGAAAAUACAAAGAAGUGAAUUAUCAGUCAAUCGAAUUUUAUUGAAUAAGUCUUCAUACAGUAUCAAAUACAAUAAACAAACUUUUUUGUUACUCAGCUGUUACUCUGCAAGCUAGUUUUGGAA